AUGGCUCCGUCUAUCCCUCUUCGCAAACUCGGUGCAGAUGGCCCCGAAGUGCCUGCUUUGGGCUAUGGCAUGAUGGGUCUCUCUCAACCCGUCUACGGCAGCCUCCCUAGCGAAGAAGACAAAUUCGCCAUGUUAGAUAGAGCUUACGAGCUGGGAGCCAGACAUUGGGAUUCCUCCGAUCUCUACAACGACAAUGAAGAGACGGUAGGAAAGUGGUUCAAGCGCACCGGAAAACGAUCCGACAUCUUCCUCGCCACGAAAUUCGGCUUCGUCAAGGGCAAGUUUCCCCAACUGGACAGCACUGGCGAGUAUGCGAAAAAGGCCUGCGAGGAGAGUUUGAAGCUGCUGGGUGUAGAGUAUAUCGAUCUCUACUACCUCCAUCACCCAAACCCGAAAACACCCAUUGAAGACACAAUGAGAGGACUCAAAGAACUACAAGAUCAAGGCAAGAUCAAGUACAUCGGUCUCUCAUCCGUGUCCUCAAAGACCCUACUCCGCGCCUCCAAAAUUGCAAAGAUCUCGGCUGUGCAAGUCGGCUACUCUGCCUUCGAACUCGACAUUGAAAACGACAAAGGCACAAAGCUAUUGGAGACUUGUCGCUCUCUGGGUGUUGCUGUUGUCGCUGCCAUGCCCCUUGGUCGUGGUAUUCUUACUUCUACAUUUGCGGACAAUACACCUCUGGAUGCAAAGGACAUGAGACCGUCUUUCAUGCCUAGAUUCCAGGAAGGCAAUAGAGAGAAAAAUGUCGAAAUUGCAAAACAGUGGAGACAGUUGGCUGAGAGUAAGAAGUGUACGAGUGCUCAACUUGCCAUCGCUUGGUUGCUCAAGCAAGGCCAAGAUAUCUUGGUCAUUCCUGGAACCAAGAAGAUCAAAUACUUGGAAGACAACUGUGGCGCUGUGGGUGUUGACUUGACUCAGGAAGAUGUAAAGGAGAUCAGGGAGUUUGCAGAAACUUGUGGUAUUGCUGGAGGAUGCCUGCCCCCGAACUUCGAGAGUUUCACGUUCUCUGAUACUGUUGAGGAGGAGCGAGAAUUCAUAUCUCCUCAUGCUUGA